ACAUAAAGGAUAACACAAAACCUCUCUCGUCUUCCCAAAUCCACUCACAGUCACGACGACAAUGGCUCUUUCUUCUGGAAUCUUCUCUACGACCUUUCUCUGCGUCGAUACGGCGCCGUUCCGCAGCUCACUGUUGUCUCCCUCUUCGCUCCGUUUGUCCCCUCAUCGUCCGGCUAACCUGCGAAUGGUUCGAGCUGUAACAUCCGCGACGGCGGCUUCCUCCGACCCGACAACCACGACCAAGACCAGGGAGCCACGUGGCAUCAUGAAGCCUCGUCCAGUGUCCCCGGAGAUGCAGGAUGUCGUCGGCGUUCCCGAAAUCCCACGCACUCAAGCUCUCAAACGCAUUUGGGCUUACAUCAAGGAACACGACCUUCAAGACCCACAAAACAAGAGGGAUAUAAUCUGCGACGAGAAGCUGAAGAAGAUAUUUGAAGGCAAAGAACGUGUUGGGUUCUUGGAGAUUGCAAAGCUUAUUGGUCCUCACUUUCUCUGAAUGAAUUUUGGCUGAGAGAAGACAAUCAUUGGCCUAUGUUUUGCUGAGCUUUUAAAGGCUUGAAAGAUCAGAUUACGUAUUAGUUAAAUUAGGGUUUAAGAAGUUUUAUGCAACCAAGUAGUUUAUAAGCCUCUGGAGGAUAUCUUUUGUCGGUUAUGUGCUCAUUUGCAGGACUUGAAAUCUCUCUAAUGCAUCGGUUCUUCAUAUUAUC